AUGUCUACUUGUGUCGAUGAUGGCCAUUCGUCCUCAGGGACUGAAUUCGAGGUGUUUUUGAGUUUCAGAGGCCCGGAUACUCGCCUCAAUUUCACCGAUUGUCUCUAUCACUCCUUAAUCAAAGCUGGGGUUCGUGUUUUCAGAGACGAUGAAGAGAUCCGAAAGGGCAAAAAGAUUGAAGGUGAACUUUUGCAUGCCAUUGAAUCCUCCAAAAUAUACUUGCCCAUCUUCUCUAGGAACUAUGCAUCCAGUAAGUGGUGUCUUCGUGAGCUCACACACAUGCUGGAGUCCUCGAGCAAAGCGAAUGACAAAGUGAUCCUACCCAUUUUUUAUGACGUAAACCCUAAUGAUGUAAAGCUUAAAACUCGAUUGUACCUCAAUGCUCUAAAGAAACACCAGCAGAAGUUCAGUCACGAUGAGGUUUGGCAAUGGAGGGAAGCUUUGACCGAGGUCGCAAGAAUCAAGGGAUGGGACAUGAAGGACAAAAGCCACGGUGAAAUCAUCAACACUAUUGUUGAUGAGGUUUUGACCAAGCUAAUGAAGAGAAUGCGAAAUCUGCCUAAUCAUUUAGUUGGGAUUCAUGAUCAUGUUGAAGCUAUCAUGGACAUGUUAAACGAAGGUUCUUGUGAUGUUCGUUACCUGGUCAUCCAUGGAAUGGGCGGUAUCGGUAAGACAACUCUCGCAAGUGUUGUCUUUAAUAAAAUCUCCAAUCAAUUUCAAGGUUGUAGCUUCCUCUUGGACAUUCGCGAAUCUGCGCAACAGGGAUGCAUGAUCAACUUAGAGAUCUUGGAAGAGAAAUUGUUCAGCGCGAGGACAUCAAUUUUCCAGGGAAGCGUAGCAGGUUGUGGGAGCCAAGAUUGCCUUCGAUGUGGUUCAAAUGAAAGAGACAAAUGUGCAAUCAGAGAGCUACCAAAGGCCAUAGCGAUGCUAAAGAAGCUUGUAUCUUUGCAAAGCAAGAUUAAGAGGUUGCCCACGACUAUGAGUAAGCUUUCUCAUCUCCGAGAACUUCUUUUGGAUCAAUGUGAUGAACUUGAACAGUUGCCAGAGCUCCCUGUGAGUUUGACGAAUUUAAAGAUCUCAUCUCAUUUAUUGUGGACAGCCCUUGACUUAUCAUACUUGACUAACUUAGUUAGUCUUCAUAUACGGGGCGAUACUCCUAGGUUGUCGGAAUUUAGACAAGGAGUUCCAAAGAUAGAGUGGAUUGAGGGAUUAUCUUAUCUGAAGAGAUUGACAAUUGUUGUUGGAGAUGUCACAUUACCUCCGAUUAAUUUGGCUACUCUUUCGCGGCUUCAUUUUCUUGAGAUAACUUGUGUUGACACGCAAUCUCCAAUGGGGCUUCCAUCCAGUCUUAGAGCUUUGACUCUAUAUGAUGUGAAGUCACCUAUGGGAAGGUCACUCUUUUCUAAUUUGACAAAUUUGUCCCAUUUGUGCCUUGUUAAUUGUCGACUAAGGGAAGUCCAAUUCGAUGAUGUGCUUGGACAGCAACUGAAGAAACUUCGUAGUUUGCAUUUGACGAAAACUGCAAUGCUUGAGAGGCUUUCGGUAUCGAGAUUAGAGGGGCUCAAAGUGUUGACUAUGGAUGGUUGCCUUGGGCUGAUGGAGACUUGA